UCUGGAAACAAAUGGAUGGAAGUCCUGAAUGGAGCAACUGCUUACUUCAUCUGCUUGGAAAAAUCGUCCAGAGGAACUCAUAUUUGGCUACUCAGAGCAGUGAUGGGGGUGUCCGUGACGUGGCAGGGGGAAAAUAGACAACUGAAACCUCCCGUGUGAACUGCAAACUGUGACCAAGCAAGGGGAAAACGAUCUGUCUCUAUUUCUUGCAAAAGGUUUCAAGCAUCUGCAUCCUAAACUUACUUCUAUGUCUUGUACCCAGUUCAGCAGAAACCAGAGGAGAGUCCUGUCUGGGGGUCCCAUCGUUAUCCCGGAGACCCGCCGCCAGCGGCCUGCCUUCGUUUACCCACAUCCCCCUGGAACGGAUAUCUGUUUGGGGCAUUACAAUUUAUCCUGUAGAACUAUGGCCAGAUCUCCAUCACUGCUUUGCUAAUUUCUGGGACUUAACUCGUAGAAUCUACAUGCAGGGCUGGAAUUUAUUCCAAGUGUAUCUGAAGAAAUGACAUUUUAAACCGUUUUUUAAAUACCUUGAUUUAAAAAAAUUCCUGUGAAAUAGGAUUUGAUAGGUUUAAAAACAUGACAGGUAAGAACUUUCUCUCUUUCUAGUCCCUUGACACCCGUUUUGGGGAAAGUCAAAGAGAAACAGGACUCAGGAGGAAGAAGAGAUCGAGGACCCGUGUGUCCUUUGGGGCUCUCAGGCGCUGGGCGGGCGGCUGCUUUCGGGAGAGGCGCAGCCCUCGCUCCUGGACCACGGGGCCAGUGGCUGGGGAAGCUUCUGGGGCGCGCGCGGGGAGGCGGCGCUGCGCUCCACCUGCUCAGCCCCGGACGCAGCCCGGGGGCGAGGCGUCGAGGGACCACCCCAAUUCAAUAUUGGGAUUUUUAAUAAACCAAGGAAUGGGAUUUUAAUUAUUCAAAACCCAGCUCCUCUGGGUCAGAAUGCUGUUGGGAUGGUCCUGGUCACACAAUAUUAAAGAGACCGAUCGCUAAGAGGACAGGAAAAGCGUCCGAGACCGCCGUUGCAAUUACGAAUGGACCAGACUUGGUAGCACAGGACAUUGAUUGCUGGUGCCCAACUGGACCCUCCUCCCCUCUCCCCAUCCCUUCCCCCACCCGAGGCAGGCUCCCGCGGCGGCCGGGACCUCGCGUCCCUGCAACGUGGCGGGGGCUGCAUUUUUCAUGAGCCCUGGGUGAACAGGUGCGAAGUGCGCUGGGAGCAUCCGGCCAGCGGCCGGACGCGGGGAACAUGGAGAGCGAGCGCGACAUGUACCGCCAGUUCCAGGACUGGUGCCUCAGGACUUACGGGGACUCAGGCAAGACCAAGACGGUGACCCGUAAAAAAUACGAGCGGAUCGUCCAGCUCCUCAAUGGCUCCGAGUCGAGCUCCACGGACAACGCCAAAUUUAAAUUCUGGGUCAAAUCGAAGGGCUUCCAGCUGGGCCAGCCGGACGAGGUCCGCGGGGGAGGCGGCGGCGCCAAGCAAGUGCUCUACGUGCCUGUCAAGACCACGGAUGGCGUAGGGGUAGAUGAGAAGCUGUCUUUACGACGGGUAGCUGUGGUUGAAGAUUUCUUUGACAUUAUUUAUUCGAUGCAUGUGGAAACGGGGCCAAAUGGAGAACAAAUUCGAAAACAUGCUGGACAAAAGAGAACUUACAAAGCAAUUUCAGAGAGCUAUGCAUUCCUACCAAGAGAAGCGGUGACACGAUUUUUAAUGAGCUGCUCAGAGUGCCAGAAAAGAAUGCAUUUAAACCCAGAUGGAACAGAUCAUAAAGAUAAUGGAAAACCUCCCACUUUGGUGACCAGCAUGAUUGACUACAAUAUGCCAAUUACCAUGGCCUACAUGAAGCACAUGAAACUGCAGCUGCUAAACUCACAGCAAGAUGAGGAUGAAAGUUCAAUAGAAAGUGAUGAAUUUGACAUGAGUGAUUCAACACGGAUGUCAGCUGUGAACUCUGAUCUUAGCUCCAAUCUUGAAGAGAGAAUGCAAAGUCCCCAGACUCUUCAUGGCCAGCAAGAUGAUGAUUCUGCUGCAGAGAGUUUUAAUGGCAAUGAGACUCUGGGGCACAGUUCAAUUGCUUCAGGGGGAGCACACAGCAGGGAGAUGGGAGACUCCAACAGUGAUGGCAAAACUGGGCUGGAGCAGGAUGAACAGCCACUGAAUCUCAGUGACAGUCCCCUCUCUGCGCAGCUAACUUCGGAAUACAGAAUAGAUGAUCACAACAGUAAUGGAAAAAACAAAUAUAAGAAUCUUCUAAUUUCUGACCUCAAGAUGGAACGAGAGGCGAGAGAAAAUGGAAGCAAGUCUCCCGCACAUAGUUACUCCAGCUAUGACUCUGGGAAAAACGAGAGUGUAGACCGAGGCGCUGAGGACCUCUCGCUAAACAGGGGAGAUGAGGACGAAGAUGACCACGAGGACCAUGACGAUUCAGAGAAAGUUAAUGAGACAGACGGCGUUGAAGCCGAGCGGCUGAAAGCUUUUAAUAUGUUUGUCAGGCUGUUUGUAGAUGAAAACUUGGACCGAAUGGUCCCAAUCUCUAAGCAGCCCAAAGAAAAGAUCCAGGCUAUCAUUGACUCAUGCAGGCGACAAUUCCCUGAGUAUCAAGAGCGUGCCAGAAAACGUAUACGUACUUACCUCAAGUCCUGCAGGCGGAUGAAAAGAAGUGGUUUUGAGAUGUCUCGACCUAUUCCUUCCCACCUUACUUCAGCAGUUGCAGAGAGUAUCUUGGCUUCAGCUUGUGAGAGUGAGAGUAGAAAUGCCGCCAAGAGGAUGCGUCUGGAGAGACAGCAGGAUGAUUCUGCCUAAAACAAAAAAAGGAUAGAAAAUUUUAAUAUGUAUGAUCAAUAGAGAAUCUGUGUAUUCAAAAUAAUGACCUUAUAGAAUUGCUAAAUCAGUUUCUAGAUCAUGCCUUGUGAAAUUAUGAAAUAGGCAUCAGGAAAGGAAGACAAAAUAUUGGUAUAUCCAAAUCCAUGAGGGGAUUCUUUGUUUUGUUUUUUCUUUCUCAAUCAAUAUAUACUUCCACUUAUAGGAGAAAUUUUAAAAUUGUAUUUUAGUAACCUAAGUUUAGGUUACUAAAAAAUUGUAGAAUAUCUAAUUGUUUGAAUGUAUGAAAAUUGUGCUGCUGACAGGUAAAAUACAUAUAGAAUGUGAAUAAUAUGGCUUUUAUAUUUAAAGCUUGUGGAAAAUGAAUAUGUUGACUCUAUAGUUUUAAAACAAUUUCAAUAAUUACAAAAGAAUGCAUAUAUGAUAAAUUGCACUGGAUACAUAAUAAAUUAAAUUUGAUAUUUAGAAUCAAAAGUGCUUUUUUAUGUUAUGAAUCAAAUCAAAUUAGGAAAAUUUUCUAACAGAUUUGGAAGCACAAUUUUGAUGCAAGAAUAUAAUUGGCAGAUGUAACAUAUAUAAAUCUCUUGAAAACAUUACACAAUGUAGUCAAAAAUGGUGUAAGCAAAAGGGAAUUUAUUAUCCUGGGUGACUAAAAAUUCUAACAGUAGGGCCAAAUUUACAUAUGAUUGACUGUCUUAUAGAUUAUGAGUCUUCUUUCAGAGAUCCCUUGGGGGUUCUGCUCCAUUUUUGUUAUUUCUUUUCUCAGGCAGAUUAUUCUCUUCUGGUAGCAGCAAAGGUGCAGCAGCUCCAGCCUUCCAUCUUCCCCGUAUGAUUGGGUUACAUAUUCAUCCCUGAAGCAAUUGCUGAGGCCAGAGAAAUGGAAAAUGUAUAGGUCACACAGUUUGUGAGCCAUUGGUAGAGUAAAUUCUAUAAAACGCACGGAAUGAGAGUAGGGUAGGAGGAUCAGAUACAGUUAUGAGAACGUGAAGAGGGAUGAAUACUGGAAGGCCAAUGAAAAACUGUUCACUACAGUGGACUGUACUGGCUUUCUAGGGCUGCCAUCAUAAAGUACCACAAACUCAGUGAUUUAAAAUAACAGAAAUGUAUCCUCUUACAAUUCUGGAGGUUAGAAGUCCAAAAUCAAAGUGAGAGAAGCCAUGCUUCCUCAAAACCCCUAGAGGAGGAUCCUUGUUUGCUGCUUCUGGUAGCCCAGCCAUUCCUUGGUUUCUGGCAGCAAAAUUCCAAUCUCUGUUUCCAUCUGUGUCUCUUCUUCUUUUCCUAAAAGAUUACCAGUUAGUGUGAAUUAAGGUUCACCCUAAUUCAGUAUUGUCUCAUCUUAACUAGAUUACACCUGCAAUGACCCUGUUUUCAAUUAAGAUCACGUUGAUUGGUAUGAGAGAUUAGGACUUCAACAUACUUUUGGGGGGACACAAUUCAACCCAUAACAGUAUACUGUUUGCACCUUCCACAAUUCAUGUCCUUCUAACUUCAAAAAUAUAUUCACCUAUCCCAAUAUCCCCAGAAGUCUUAAUUCAUCCAGCAUCAACUCUAAGUCCAAUCUCCUCUAAAUAUAUUCAACUCAAAAACUACCAAAUAUUGUCUUUAAAUCAUCUAAAUCCAGUGUGGGUAAGACUCUGGAUAUGGUCCAUCCUAGGGCAAAAUUUCUCUCCAUCUGUACACCUGUGAAACCUGGAAAACAAGUUAUAUGCUUCUAAAGGACAGUGGUGGGACAGGUAUAGGAUGGACAUUUCCAUCCCAAGAGGGGGAAAGGAAAAGGAGAAAAUGGAUCAAAGUUCCCAAGCAAGUUUAAAACUCAGUAGGGUAAAUUCCGUUAGUUUUCUAAGACUGAAAAUAAUUAUUUGUGGCUCCAUGUUCUGUCUUCCUGUCCCAUCUGGCCAGUGGGCCCAUCCUCUUGGCCAGCAUGAGCAGUGGCCAUGACCUCUUGGCCAAUGAUGUCCAGCUGGCUGCUGGCCUCAACCUCUGGGCUCAUUGCUUUGCCCCUGGAAUCAUUCUUGUUUCAUUCAAUUCCAUCUCUGUCCCUUUUCAGUCUGGGCUGACAGUUUUUCUGCAGGUAUACAAUUUUCAAAAACUUUGUCAGUCUCCUGUGUAUGUCAAGGUAAUCCACACUAUUAGACAUGGGGAUUCUUUAUACAGUACAUUCUUCCUGGAUAAUCUCAUCUGUCUUCCUAGAAUCUGCUGAAAUGGUUGAUUGAACCCAUAAAUCACAUAUGUAAUCUCUUUAGCAUACUGCUGUCCAGCCACACCUGUUUUCAGAGCAUACUAUCUGAAAAAUUUUUCCAGAUCAUCAGGUGCUGGUUCCUUGGUGUAAGUAAAUUGAAUCCAUAACAUGAGAUAAGUCCAGUUUUUACAUUGCACUUUUUGAAGAAUGCGUGUAUGGCUUUAUGCUCAUUAGCCUCACUUAAUAGGAAUUUACCAGCAGAAGUAUUGAAGGCACACAAUUUACCAGCAGAAGUAUUGAAGGCAGCAGAAAUAUUGGCAGCACAGUAUUUACAGAUGCAAAGUAUACAACUACCACCAACUAUCUUUAAGUAAGGGAAAACUACUUAUAAUUUAGAGUUUUAUUUAUUUGAAGAUUUGAAGUACAGCCAUUAUAUUCAUUUAAAAAUUUUUAAGUUGCAUGAAUUUUAUCAUCAGGAGACUGGAAUAGAUCGCUUCCUUCUGUCUCUGUCUCUUUUUCAUCUUCCCUCUCUUCUUCCGUCUGUCUAUGUUCCUCAUACAUAGUAUAGAAAAACUCUUACACAUAAUAUAGAAAAACUCUUAUGAAAUUUUGUAUCAAAAUAUGAAGAAAUCCCAGUCAUCUAAAAUCAAUGAUAGAUGUGCAGAGCAUAAGUGUUGGAGUUGUCGUUUAAAAAGAAUAAGGUGAAACAUAAACCAAUAGGUACAUGACUGCUUUUUCGUGAAUGUGGAAAAUACAUGUAGUCCAUUAUGUCAUUAUUGUUUAAAAGGUAGAAAGUUUCUCUCUCUCUUUCUCUCUCUCUCUCUCUCUCUCUCUCUCACACACACACACACACACACAAAAUCUAUUUUAAGAUGCUUUUAAUAAUUGUUUCUUAAAUAUUUUGCUUAGUUGUCAUCAUAGUAAUUAUUCAGUUUAAGAUGUGAAUGCAAUAGAUUUAAAAGUGCUUUGUCUACGUUAGAGACAAAGCUGUUACCCGGUGAUUCUCCCAUACAUACACUGUACAUAUCCUCUAAUUGGAGCCUCCUAAAUUGACACUGCAAAUAAGUACUUCUUAAUGAUGAUGAAGAAGCCAGUUACUGAGGAGCUGCUUCGUGAAAAGUACUGUCAUUCAUAGCUGUAAAGUACUAAACAAGCCUUAAAUUAUAUCUUCUGUUUUAAAGUCAAACUAAAAGUAAUCUAUACAUGUCUUUUGUUUAUUUAUCCUAUUGCUUUCAUCGAAAUAUGAAAGCACUUAAAAUAUUCAGCAGUGACUUACGUGUUAUGGAAGCGACCACUCAAGGCAGGAUUUCUGAAAAGUUAUAUGCAUGUCAGCAUCAAUGCAAGCCCAGCAGCAGCUGAGCUCUAGCCCUGUACAAGGUGCAGGGGAUAAACACCAGGGCUGCCUGUGUUCAAAUUCUUUCCCUGUCUUUACCUGACCGUGUCUCCACUCAUGAGGAGGAAAGGGCAUGCAUCUUUGUCUUUGUGACACAUCAAGGUUCCUUCUUCUUCGAAGCUCAGACGUGUAAAAAAUGCUGUGGAUGCUAUUGUAUCAAGGAACUCAAGAAUGCCUGGUGCUGUGCUAUACCAAUGGCAACAGGGUCCAAUCCAAAGAUGGCACACCCAUUAGGGCUUACAGAUAUUUCCAGUAAUCAUCUACCCUUGCUUUGAGACAAAUGACUUACUUCAAUAAGUCCUAAAAAACACUGCGCCAGUAUUUUGCAAAAA